AAGUCAGUUUAAAACGUCAACUCAAAUGGAUGUAUGGAGUAAAUAUGUGUAGGAGUGUGUAUGUAUCAAUGUGUAUGUUACAGGGUUUGACUGGAUGGCCUAAGUAGCUCUUCAUUUGUGUUGUUACUCCUGAGAGAGGUGUUGUGAAGCACCAUCAUGGCAGAUGCCGAGGAUGAGAAAGCGUCGACAGGUGAGGAGCAGCAUCAUCAGCAUCUCAGCUCUUCCACAGGCGACCCCGAGGACCCUCAGCAGACUGCCCCGUCAGAGGGCACCGAGCAGCGGCCAGCGGAGGUCGCAGUGGCCCGGCCCCAGCGGAGCGACCUCUCCGUGGAGCCCUCUCUGCUGCAGUUUAAGACCAGGAGGUUCUUCGUGUUGAGGCCUGGCACUCUGAAUCAGGCCAUCAAAGACGUCGUGGCUCUGGUGAAUGAAGAAGUAGAUGGCAGCUUUCACAGCAUAUGGCUGAUGGCUGAGGUGGAUCACUGGAACAACGAAAAAGAGCGCCUCGUCCUCAUCACGGACAACUCCCUCCUGGUCUUCAAGUACGACUUUGUCAUGUUCAGCUGUGAGCAAUUCCAGAGGAUCCCACUGAACAUUAUAGACCGCAUCUCCCACGGCCAGUUCAGCUUCCCAAAGAACUCCCUGCUUCAGAGGCAGGGGGAGGGGGUGCGAAUGUUCUGGGACCGGCUGAGGGAGCCCUCCUUCAUCUCCAAGUGGAACCCCUUCGCCACCGACUUCCCCUUCAUCACCUUCACCGACCACCCUGUGAGGAGCGUCAGCGACACGUUCACUGCCCUCUGCGACAUCCAGAACUUUCGAGAGCGGCUCAGGGAGGCGGCGCAGAAAGCCCAUGCCGUGAAGCCGUUUCCUGGGAAAGCCAACGGCGUACUGGUCCUAAACCAGCCGAUCCACAUCGAGGCCUACGUGGGCCUCAUGUCUUUCCUCGGGAACCAGAACAAACUGGGAUACUGCAUGGCUCGAGGAAACGUCGGCUACUAACAUCUUUUGCUUUUUAUAUAAUAGUUUUGUUGUCAUUCAGAUUGUUGAGAAAAAUAUUAUAAAGCCUUGAAUUCAUGUUUGUGCGUUCUUUCAGUCAAAAUCUUCAAGGAAGACGUUUCCAUAUUCGGGUUUGCUUUAGUGUAGCCUGGAUUCUCAGGAUGUUCUGUGUGAGGUUUAAACAACUGUGUGAUCUCCCCCUCUGUUUAUUACCAGUGUGAAACAUCUGCAUUUCAACACAGCAUUUCAACACCGCUCCGCACUGGAUGACGGAUCCCCCGCUGCUCUCUGGGAGCUUUUUGUUUGCUCCUCAGCGGUAGGGUAAUUCAACUGUUUUCGCAACGGGACUCCUUUCUUCCUCCUCCGGUGUCUCUGUUAAAAAAGCUCAUUCCCAUGUGAGUUUCACCGGAGCACAGGGGCACAUUUGUCCGUUUAUAGUUUUAUCAUCCGCUGUGUAUUUUUACAGUGCAUACAUACAGUGUCAGAAUUUGCCCUUGAUUUGUGUGUUUGCUGUGUGUCGCUCCGCCUGGUUUGGUUUCAUAGAACGUAAUUUGUUCUCUUUCCCUUGGAGGUGGUAUAAAAUAUGCAGAUGUUCAUGCAGAUUCCUAAGCAGUCUAUUAUCAUAUGAUAACCAUGUCCAUACAAAAUAAGAAUGCAUGCUGGAAGAUAAACCCAGUGGUGACCAUUGUCCUGUUGUUAUUACUGAAAUUGAAAAUAUAAUAAUAAUAAAAGGUUCUUUGAUCUGACUACAUAACAGCAUGAGGUUUUACAGUGUAGUAGAAGUAUGAGAGUGAAACAAAGCUUUAGAAAUAAAGAAUUCUAGGCCUUUUGACAAUUCUACAAUGUGGACUGACAACUAACAAUUGUUGAUAUUAUGAAGGUUUGA